CCUCACUUCCAGCUGCACAGAGCUCUUCAGUGAAUCUAAAACCUCAGACAUGGAUGACCCUCGACAAAAUGGCUCCACACAUACAGUAACAUCAACAACACUGCGAAAACGGUUGCAUCACGGAUAACGAUUGGUGGAAUGCGAGGUUCGCUAAGGAUUUUGCCUAAAACGUUUUCAUACAUUGUCACACGCGGCCACACGUUUUAUGUUUUUCAUUAGUUUAGUCGCAAAAUAAAGAUAAUGAUGGAAAAAUUGAAAUCGGAGCUCGGACAGAGGAGUCCCGAAGGAGAUGCGUGCGAAUCGCCGCAUCACGACGCAUCCACCCCUUCUGCGGGUCUUUUCGGCGCUCAGGGGGGCGAGGCAUGUGAGAAACAGGAAAGCACGACUGCGGACUCGGCUGAGAGUGAGCGGAGAGAUGAGACCGUCUCCGGGGACCACUGCAACGGGACUGUCAUCGUUAAUGGCGUUGCCAAGGAGACGGCUUACAACAGCAGGGAGCCCAAAAAGGAAGUGCCAGUGAUCGAGCUGGGCAGGAGAGGAGGGAGUACCGAUAUAAAAGCCAGAGACAAUAAGGCAGAUAGCAACCACAAGGUGCAAACCACCGAACUGCGCAGACCGCCUGUGUCUCUGCCGCUGACUACCCGGGACCCGCUAAGCGAAACUCGAAUGGUGCAGUUGAGCCCACCCGCUUUUCCUCUCCCAGCAAGAGCGAUGCUGUACAGUAACGUGACGCAACCGCUCUCCACCCUAAACAGUGGGUUUGGUGACGAUCCGGAGCAGUACGGAAUGUACCCCAGCAGCCGAGUAAAGCGUCGACCUGCGCCUUAUGAGGUUGAAAUCAGCGACGGCUCGCAGCCCAAGGUCGUGCGGCGGAUCUUCACCAACAGUCGGGAGCGUUGGCGACAGCAGAACGUCAAUGGCGCCUUCGCCGAGCUCCGCAAGCUCAUCCCCACGCACCCGCCAGACAAGAAGCUCAGCAAGAACGAGAUCCUGCGGUUGGCCAUGAAGUACAUCAACUUCCUGGCCAAGCUGCUCAACGACCAGGACGACAUGGUCGGGGCUGGGAACGCUGUUGCCAGGGUGCGGGAGGGCCAUGAGGCCAGCCUGGCCAGGGAGGACCUGCUGCAGGAGAUGCUUUCGCCCAGUUCCAGCUGCGGCAGCCUCCUGGACGGCGACGGCAGUCCGGAGAGCUUCACCGAAGAGCAGGACUCCUCGGUGGAGAUGCGACCUGCCCCCAGGGCUUUGCACCACCAUGGACUGCCAUCAGACGGGAGCCACCAGCGAUGAUCGACUCGGCUUUCAGGAGAACGAGAAAGCCAAGUUCGGAGGGGAGAUGUUUCGCAGGCUCUGGAUGCUGGGAGAGCAACAAUGGGGGAGUGAAGACGGCAUCCAGCAGCAUCCUUGGAGAAGCUCCUGCCCUCAUGCUUUGUUGACCAUACGGCUUCUGUACCUAGUUCUGUUUCAUUUUCUUGCCCUGUUGUUUUUCUUUCUCAGUCUUUUCUACUGAUGCUCCCCCAGCAGAGUCUUCUCUAACAGACUGUGGUACAUGGUGGUGUGUGUGUGUGUGUGUGUGUGUGUGGGGGGGGGGGUCUCCAGCUGAUGUAGGUCUGUUUUUCUUCCUGCUGUUGUAAGCAGGUUAAGGACUGUGGGCCAGCAAGACGUGUUCCAGGACAAUUUCAGAAUUUCAGCUCAUGAAUCAGCCCAGCAAGAGAAAAAGCAAACAUAAUAUUACAAGACAAAAUGGGACAUUAAAUGAGAACACUGAUUCCAAAAGGGUAGCUUGCGUUCACCAAAAAUCACAGAAGGUACUGUACAACAGACUGAUGGGAAGAUUACAGUGGGAUUGUACUGUACUACACAGGUAGUACAGCACACAGGUUGUAAACAUACCAUAUUAACUCUUUGCUUGUAGCAGACUAUAAACAGCAUUUCUUCGAGAAAGCACACAUUUUAGGCAGUACUAAAUCAAACUAAAAUGGUAUUUUUUAAAGCAUACAAUUACCUAUGUUGGCACAGGUUAUGCAUUGUGUGUGUGGGGGGUGGUCUAGGACGGAAGCAUCAUUUUAUUUCGGAACAUUUUGUUAACUAAAGCAGGUUAACAAAGGUUUGGAUGUCGUCGUUGCCACAAAACCUUUUCAACUUUAUUGCCCUUUAAAAAAGGGAGAAAAGACCACGGUAUUCCAGGAGGAAACACAAAAUAUUUAAGGUAUAGAGAGGGACAUGUUGGUAAGUUACAGGAAGUACUUUUCAAUGGUGUGAGGUACAAGUGGUCUGAAGUGUUCAAAUGGGGGAGGUGUAUAUCUGCGUUCGUUCCCUAUACCACUCACUUUGUACAUAUAUAUAUUUUUAUUGUGCUAUAGUAUGGUACAUUGGAUUUCUCUCCUUCUACACCGCCCCCAUUUCAUUGGUAUUAAAGGCACCGCCAGACCGUCCAUCGACACACCUUGGUUAAGUAAAUGUUUUAUUAGUGUUUAAUAUAAUCAACCCCUGCUUUCUUUAGCAGGUGUUUAAGUAACCAGUCUUGGUACCUUCAACUCUUUUAUGUAUUGAACAAAAAAGGAGAGUUUUGAUGUGACAUUAGUAGAAACAUGAUUGUUGUAAAAUGAUUAUAUCUAUAAAUAGAUGCGGUGUUAUCUCAGAAUUUAUUAUAAAAAAAUCGCAAUAAAUACAAUAACAAGAAGGA